AGCGAGAGAGAGAGGAGGAAAAGAAAACAAAAAAAAACCUCCAAUAUUUGAUGUUCUUCCAGCAAAGAUCAAAUCUAUAAUCCUUUUUCGUUCUUUUGGUAAAAAGAUCGCAACUUUUUAACGUCGACCUCAUCUUUUUUCUUCUUCGAUAGGAAGCCACACAUUCCUCUGUUUCCUUAUAAGAAAAGAAGCUCUGGUGCUUCAUAUAUAAUUCUAGCCUUUUGGUAGCAAAGAAGACUUCUUUCGUAUUCCUCUGCAGAUAGGAAUCCAUCCACUUCUCUUUUCUUCUCUGUAAAGGAGAAAAGGAUAUUUAGUAUUAUUUAGCGCAAAAGAUCUUUUUGGUAUAAUAAUCUUAGUCUCCUUUGAUUCGUAUGAGGAGUUUAUAGAGCAUUUCGGCUAUUCGAGAGGUGGUUUGUGCUGUUUGGAUUGGAUACGGAUGGCUGGGAAUGAAUGGAUCAAUGGGUAUUUGGAGGCGAUACUGGACAGCGGGGCGUCGGCGAUCACCGACGAGCAGCGGGGGUCGUCGCCGGUGAGCGUGAGGGACACAGGCCACUUCAAUCCGACCACGUACUUCGUGGAGGAGGUGGUGACCGGGGUCGAUGAGACCGACCUCCACCGGACGUGGAUCAAGGUGGUCGCCACCCGGAACAGCCGGGAGCGGAGCUCGCGGCUCGAGAACAUGUGCUGGCGAAUCUGGCAUCUCGCACGCAAGAAGAAGCAGUUGGAAUGGGAAGAUGUUCAAAGGAUGGCAAACCGGAGGUGGGAGCGGGAGCUGGGCCGGAGGGAUGCCACCGAGGACAUGUCAGAAGAUCUUUCUGAAGGAGAGAAGGGAGACACUGUAGGAGAAAUGGUGCAGAGUGAGACACCAAAAAAAAAGUUACAGAGAAAUAUCUCUGACAUCCAGGUCUGGUCUGAUGAUAACAAGGGGAAGAAACAAUACAUUGUGCUCAUCAGCUUGCAUGGCCUGGUCCGUGGGGAAAACAUGGAACUUGGCCGAGAUUCAGAUACAGGUGGUCAGGUAAAAUAUGUAGUGGAACUUGCUCGGGCACUUUCUAUGAUGCCAGGGGUGUACAGGGUAGAUCUCUUUACUCGUCAGAUAACAUCCCCUGAUGUGGAUUGGAGCUAUGGAGAACCAACAGAGAUGUUAAGCUCAGGGCAAUAUGAUGCAGAUGGCAAUGAUGUUGGUGAGAGUGCUGGAGCUUAUAUCAUACGAAUACCUUGCGGUCCAAGGGAUAAAUAUCUGCGGAAAGAGUUGCUCUGGCCUCAUCUCCAAGAGUUCGUAGAUGGAGCUCUAGCUCACAUCCUCAAUAUGUCAAGGGUGUUGGGUGAACAGAUUGGUGGGGGGCAGCCUGCAUGGCCUUACGUGAUUCAUGGACACUAUGCUGAUGCAGGAGAUGUUGCUGUCCUUCUUUCAGGUGCAUUGAACGUACCGAUGGUUCUCACAGGCCACUCGCUCGGGAGGAACAAAUUGGAGCAGCUUCUUAAACAAGGACGCCAAUCUAAGGAAGAUAUCAAUGCGACAUACAAGAUAAUGCGGCGUAUAGAAGCUGAGGAAUUGUCUUUAGAUGCUGCAGAACUUGUCAUCACGAGCACGAGACAAGAAAUCGAUGAACAGUGGGGUUUGUAUGAUGGUUUCGAUGUCAAGCUUGAGAGGGUAUUAAGAGCCCGAGCUAGACGGGGGGUCAACUGCCAUGGCCGCUAUAUGCCAAGGAUGGUGGUUAUUCCUCCUGGUAUGGAUUUCAGUAGUGUUGUAGUUCAGGAAGACACAACUGAUGCUGAAGGAGAUUUAAAAGAACUUAUUGGUUCAGAAGGAACUUCACCUAGAGCAGUCCCACCUAUAUGGUCUGAGGUGAUGCGUUUCCUCACAAAUCCUCACAAGCCAAUGAUCCUGGCUCUAUCAAGACCAGAUCCAAAAAAGAAUAUCACUACCCUUGUGAAAGCCUUUGGAGAAUGCCGUCCAUUGAGAGAGCUUGCCAAUCUUACAUUGAUAAUGGGAAACAGGGAUGACAUAGAUGAGAUGUCUGGUGGCAAUGCUAGUGUCCUCACAACAGUUUUGAAGCUGAUUGAUAAGUAUGAUCUGUAUGGACUUGUUGCUUUCCCCAAGCAUCAUAAGCAGUCAGAUGUUCCAGAGAUAUACAGGCUUGCAGCAAAAACAAAAGGAGUCUUUAUAAAUCCUGCUCUGGUUGAGCCUUUUGGACUGACUCUAAUUGAGGCAGCUGCACAUGGGCUUCCAAUGGUGGCAACCAAAAAUGGAGGUCCUGUCGAUAUUAAUCGGGCACUGAACAAUGGCUUGCUCGUAGACCCGCAUGACCAGAAAGCCAUAGCUGAUGCAUUACUAAAGCUAGUUGCAGACAAGAACCUGUGGCAUGAAUGCAGGAAAAAUGGGUGGCGGAAUAUUCAUCUCUUUUCAUGGCCCGAACACUGCAGGACAUACCUUACAAGAGUAGCUGCAUGUAGGAUGAGGCAUCCACAAUGGCAGACAGACACUCCAACGGAUGAUAUGGUUGUCGAGGAAUCACUUGGAGACUCCCUCAAGGAUGUACAAGAGUCAUCUCUCAGGCUAUCUGUAGAUGGAGAGAAAAGCUCCCUUAAUGGCUCCUUGGAGCACAACCAGGCUGAGUUAGAGAAAGUGGCUGAAGGAAAGGGUGACACUGAGUUACAAGAUCAAGUGAAGAAAAUUAUGAGCAAGAUCAAGAAACAGGUGCCUGAACCACAGGCUACUGGCGGCGCUAAGAAACAAACCGAGGCUUCAGGACAGACAAUUAACAAGUAUCCUCUACUUCGAAGGCGUCGGAGACUAUUCAUGAUAGCUCUUGACUCCUAUGAUAACAAAGGAGCUCCUGAUAAGAAGAUGUUGCAGGUGAUACAAGAGGUCUUCAGGGCUAUUCGAUCAGAUUCUCAGAUGUCGAGGAUCUCAGGAUUUGCUCUCUCAACCGCUAUGCCCAUUUCUGAGACAUUAGAGUUAUUGAAGUCAGGGAAGAUCCCUGCUACUGAUUUUGAUGCUCUGAUCUGUAGCAGUGGAAGUGAGGUCUACUACCCAGGUACUUCUCAAUGCAUAGAUGCGAAUGGCAAGUUAUGCGCAGAUCCGGACUAUGCCACCCACAUCGAGUACCGUUGGGGUUAUGAUGGUGUAAAGACAACUUUAGCAAAACUAAUGGCUUCUCAGGAUGGUCGAGGUGAUAGCAAACCUCAGAAUUCUUCAAGCAAUAUAGAGGAAGAUGUGAAGUCAAGCAAUCCUCACUGUGUCUCUUUCUUCAUAAAGGAUUCAACCAAGGCAAAGCCAGUCAAUGAUCUACGUCGGAAGCUCAGGAUGCGAGGACUGCGAUGCCAUCUCAUGUAUUGCAGGAACUUGACAAGGUUGCAAGUUAUUCCUCUCCUGGCAUCUCGGUCUCAAGCCCUCAGGUACCUAUUUGUCCGCUGGGGUUUGGACGUUGUGAACAUGUAUGUGAUUGUUGGAGAGAGAGGUGAUACCGAUCACGAGGAGCUCAUAUCGGGAUCUCACAAGACAGUUAUGAUGAAGGGGGUUGUGGAGAAAGGUUCAGAAGAGCUACUCAGAACAGCAGAGAGCUACCAGAAGGAAGACAUUGUUCCCGGUGAGAGUCCCCUUAUUGUCUAUACCAACAAUGGAAUUUAUUCAGAGGAGAUCAUGAAGGCACUGAAAGAAGCAUCAAAGGCUGCUUCGGGGUUGUAAUUGAUCGGUGUAUAUAUAUAUACUUUGCCAUGAUUGAGAACAGAUACUCCUUAUGUAGUGAGUAUUCUUGUUAUGCAUAUCUGUAAGAACUUGAUCAGAUCUCAUAAACACAAUGAGAUGCGGUAUUUUGCGGUAUUGACUUUUAUAAAAUUAGAUCUUUAUCGUAUUUGCGAUCA